AUGUAUCCCCUUCAGCUCCGUGAUCGCCACCUUUCCGUAUACCUUCUCGUCUUGUGGUCGAACCUAGCAGUCUUGGCCACAUCUCCAGAAAACCCGAACACCCUCCGAUCAGAGAUCCCUUAUACCACUACAGACCUACUCGCCGCCUCGUCAGGACCCGGCGAAUUCAUGGGGGAGGAACCGACGCACAGGUUUCCAAUUCUAGAAUCCGAAUUCACUUCAGGUCCAUUCUUACAGGACCUCCCUCAGGCGAAACUGGCUGUCUCUAUUGGCCCUUCAAGGCAACCAUACCCAUCCAGCCAUCAAGUGGGUCGGAUCAGUGCCUCCAGCAACCCAAGGAUCCGCGUGGCACCGGAUGACAUCGGAAUCGGACACUUACGUGGGACUCCACGCCGUCAGACGGGCGACAAACUGUCCGCCAUCAUAAACAAUGUCCGAUGGUCUAAGACUAGAGCCCGAACAUUAAUCGAAGUGGCAGAGCUCCUUCAACAGUAUCAACCCGAGCCGUCCCAUCGAAGCUACAUUUCACCAUCUGGUAAAAUCAUGAUACCUUUUCUCAACGAUCGAAGACGAGAAUUCGAUGAAGCAUUGACCACGGUGGAUUUCGAUGGCCUACCUCAUAGCACGAUCGUCCGCUUAGACAGAACCACCCAUCCCAGCUUGCCGUACGCCAGGUAUAAGCUACAAAAUGGCAUUGAACUACUAAGAGUCUUAAAACACGACUCCAAUGUGCAGAGAGAUCGAAUAUUAAGUUUGCAUUACAGGAACUUAAUCCUCUUCAUGCACAAGCUCUAUGAAAAUGCCUUGAAUGACUUGGGAAUACCUCUAGCCGCCCAAGUCAAACACCAGAUUGGAAUGCUAAAUUGGCUGGAUGAAGAAAUCUUUGCGCGAAGGAAACGAUAUCCAAUUUUAGGGUUUAUUGAAGCGCCGUUCCCGAUUUGGCAGGAAAGUCUUUCCGAAAAUACAAUCCGACCAGCUCAAGUACAUCUACUGAGAUUCUUCUCCCAAGAUGAAAAUGCUCUUGACCUCCUACACCCCACAGCCUGCGAGCUAAUUACAGAAUUCCGACGCAAAAGUGAGCAACCGGAAAGCAGAAUCUACCAUUUUCUCUCAAACGUUUUGCUGAUAUUUUGGGGCCUUUUCUCCUGGUGCUUGACCUGA